GGGAGAGGGAGGCCUCGGCGCUGAUGUCAGUCCGGAGGAAGGAGCCUGAGCGCACAGCAGGAUCCUGGGCGCUGCUUCCAGUGCUGCAGAGAGGGAGAGAGAGAGGGGGCAGCUUCAGGGUGCAGCAUGCUGCCUGGCUCCCGUUCCAGCCUCUCCAGUAGCAGCGGCGGCGGCGGCGGCUGCAUCGCUCGGGCCACGAGCGCAGCAGGGCCAAAGGGGGACCACGCGGCGGAGGCGGCGGCGGCCGAGGGCGCACGAUGGCUGGCUGGCUGGGCAGCGGCUCUCUCUGGCUCCUGGCGCUGGCGUGCCUUCUGCAGCGCGCCCAGGUGAGGAAGCCGGUGCGGUGUCCCGCCAUCUGCAGCUGCACCAAAGAGUCCAUCAUUUGCGUCGGAGCGGCGGCGGUGCCGCGGAGCCCCGGAGACAUCAGCUCCUUGAGCCUGGUAAAUGGAACAUUUUCUGAAAUAAAAGAGAGAAUGUUUUCACAUUUGCCUUCCCUGCAGUUGCUACUGCUGAAUUCUAACUCAUUUACUAUCAUACGGGAUGAUGCCUUUGGGGGUCUGUUCCAUCUCGAGUACUUAUUUAUUGAAGGAAACAAGGUAGAAACCAUUUCAAGAAACGCAUUUCGUGGCCUUCGAGAUUUGACACACCUUUCUUUGGCCAAUAACCAGAUUAAAGCUUUGCCAAGGGAUGUCUUCAGUGAUUUAGAUUCUCUGAUUGAACUAGAUUUAAGGGGAAAUAAGUUUGAAUGUGACUGCAAAGCCAAGUGGUUGUUUUUGUGGUUAAAGAUGACCAAUUCCACUGUUUCUGAUGUCCUGUGUGUUGGUCCAGCCGAAUUUCAGGACAAGAAGUUAAAUGAUGCCUCGAGUUUUGAUGACGAAUGCACCACUACAGAUUUUGUGGUUCAUCAGAUUUUACCCUACCAGUCAGUUUCAGUGGACACAUAUCACUCAAACAAUGAUGUUUAUGUCGCCAUUGCCCAGCCCAGCAUGGAAAAUUGCAUGGUGCUAGAAUGGGAUCACAUUGAGAAGAACUUCAGGAGUUAUGACAACAUUACUGGUCAGUCCAUAGUGGGAUGCAAAGCUAUCUUGAUUGAUGAUCAGGUUUUUGUGGUGGUAGCUCAGCUUUUCGGUGGCUCACACAUAUAUAAGUAUGAGGAAGGCUGGACAAAGUUUGUCAAAUUCCAGGACAUAGAAGUUUCCCGCAUUUCAAAGCCGAAUGACAUAGAACUCUUUCAGAUAGAGAGUGAAACCUUUUUUGUCAUCGCAGAUAGCUCAAAAGCUGGUCUGACGACAAUUUAUAAAUGGAACAACAAGGGAUUCUACUCUUACCAAUCCUUGCAUGAAUGGUUCCGGGACACAGAUGCUGAGUUUGUUGAUAUAGAUGGAAAAUCUCAUCUAAUCCUGUCAAGCCGCUCACAGAUUCCCAUUAUCCUUCAAUGGAACAAAAAUUCCAGAAAGUUCCUCCCACACAGUGAGAUACCCAACAUGGAAGAUGUGCUGGCUGUGAAAAGCUUUCGAAUACAGGACAACCUGUACCUCUCACUUACAAGAUUUAUAGGCGACUCCAGAGUAAUGAAGUGGAAUAGCAAACAGUUUGUGGAAAUCCAAGCUCUGCCUUCCCGGGGCGCCAUGACCCUUCAGCCGUUCUCCUUUAAGAAUCAUCACUACCUAGCCCUGGGAAGUGACUACACCUUCUCCCAAAUAUUCCAGUGGGAUAAUGAGAAGCAGCUCUUCAAAAUAUUCAAGGAAAUCUACGUGCAGGCACCUCGUUCGUUCACAGCUGUGUCAACCGAUAGAAGAGAUUUUUUCUUUGCUUCCAGCUUUAAAGGCCACACGCAAAUAUUUGAACACAUAAUUGUUGACUUGAGUUUAUGAAGGAGCUGUGGGAGGGAGGUGGGAGGGGGCAACUCAUGUACAGUGACAUUUUCACAUAAAAACAAAUCAAAAGGGCGGAUUACUCAUUUCCUGAAGGUAGGAUGUGCCUGUGGCAUUAGUCAGGAGUUUUCUGAACUUUAUAGAAGUUUGCAUAUUUAAUCAGGGAUCGCAUUAACUUGGUUAAAUGCAUGCCAUGCCCAUUUUACCAUUGGUAAAGACACUUUAAAGCCUAUAAUUACUCGGAAAAAGUGUGCAAUGCAUUAGAAUUAAUUCUAACACACAGUGGCGUAGCGUGGGUUGUCA